AUGUCGACGAUUACCAAGAACGCCAUUCAGUCGGGCAACCCGCCGAUCCGGCCGCUGCCGUUUGACGCCAACCAGCCCGAGACGAUCCGCCUGUACCCGCUCUCCAACUACACCUUUGGCGUCAAGGAGACGCAGCCAGAAGAAGACCCGUCGGUUGUGGCGCGCCUGCGCCGUCUCGAGGAGCACUACGCAGAACACGGUAUGCGGCGCACGUGCGAGGGCAUCCUGGUGUGCCACGAGCACAACCACCCGCACAUUCUGAUGCUGCAGAUUGCCAAUGCCUUCUUUAAACUGCCGGGCGACUACCUACGGCCGGAGGACGACGAGCUGAGCGGGUUCAAGACGCGGCUGGACGAGCGGCUGGCGCCGGUGGGCCGCCUGGGAGAGGGCGAGGAGGCUGGCGACUGGGAGGUGGGCGAGUGUCUGGCGCAGUGGUGGCGGCCCAACUUUGAGACGUUCAUGUACCCAUUUAUCCCAGCGCAUGUGACGCGGCCCAAGGAGUGCAAGAAACUGUACUUUAUUCAGCUGCCCAAGUCGAUCCCCCUGUUCGAGCUCUACGACAACACCGCCCGCUACGGCCCGCAGCUCUCGGCCAUCCCGCACCUGCUGAGUCGCUAUAACUUUGAAUUUUACGACGAAGACGGUAACGUCGUUGCGGCGACGCCCGGCGGUGUGAACAGCGCCGGUGUUCCUCCAAAGACGCGCGUAUUGGCGGGCAACGACGACGGCGACACGGAUAUGAAGGAGGAGAAUGGGGGGAACUAG